CCGAAGUGUUCAUUGACCGUGGGUGGUGGGUGAGACCAGUGGGUGGUGGGUGGCCUACCUUCUCCUCGCUUCGCAAUGGUGCCAUGGGCUGCGGUGCAUCAGUGUCCCAAGGAAUAGGAGUCGCGGAGCACUGCGACGCCAGCACUUCCAAGAGAUUCCAUGACACUGACGAACCUCGAACCACUGAAGCAUCCAUUGAGGCAUCUCAAAACGCGUCGGAGGAUGGGACGAAGUCGACGAAGAGUGCUGGGACGGCAACUGAGCCCCUAAAGCCCAGUAAGGAGCCCCUAGUAGCGUCAAAGCCGCAGCCGAAGUCCGCGAAGCCUGAAAAGGCCACAGGUGCCAACAGCUUUGCGCGGCUCUUCCGGAGCUACAGUGAGGAGAAAGGCGACUGGGGCAGACCGACGUCUCGUCCCCAGUACGACCCGCUGAUGGAUGAGAUCUUUGAGGUGAAGGAGCGUGAGCAAGCUGAGCGACAGCGUGAGCCGCUGGUUUCGCCCAAAUACGUGAUGCGUGCAGCAGAGAUCCUGGGAGUGGACCUUUUGGAGGAACCCUUCCUGGUGCCCCUGCUCAAGAGCUCCCUGCCGUCCUUGAGCAACGCAUACCAAAGAGGUGGCCUACAGGAGGAGCUCUUCUUGGUGGAGGUGGCUUUGGCCAAAGAACGCCAAGCCCGACAGUACCAGGAAGUGCCACGGGAGCUUGGCUGUGAGGAAUGUGGCGAAGCUGCCAUUGACUACUGUCCAGCAUGUGAAGGCCUCUUUUGCCGGAGCUGCUUCGAGCGGUUGCAUGCCAAGGGCCGCCGGUCAGAACAUCCCCGCUUGGAACUGUCCAUGGCAGGCUUCAAGAUGAAGUCUGAGAGUGUGCAGAGCCAGCAGAUCGUUCAUGUGCAGUGGCAUCCCUUUCACGAUGGCCAGGGCCUCCGGUACUACUACAACUUUGAGACGCAGCGCUCUGUUCGGCAGCUGUCCAGAAAGGAGCUAGUCUGGCGUCCACCGCCUCCGCUACCUGAAAAUGGGCGCGAAGAGGCCUAGGCGCUAGCCGAGGAGCCACUUUGAUGAAGGAGCAUUUGGAUAUCCUCGUCUUCUGAUGUGCUAACGAGCAGGCCACGUGUGCUGGCCUUCGAAAAGGAGUGAUGCUGCAUGAGGUGGAAUCGAAUGGGGAUUAGGUCUGCCUGGUUGCAACAAGUUUCGGCCCAAAGUACAAAGAGCUGCAGCUAC